UCCACCAGUCAGACGUCGUUCUCCUCUGCUGACUCGCGGAGGUAGUUGUUGAUCAACGUCGAGACACCGAAAUCGCUUGAACGCGAUGCUGAAGGAACUGCUGCUGCUAGCGCUGACGGCGCUAUGCAUGUCGGAUGGAUUCCAUCUCAACGGUAAGACAGCCGACAUGGACUUCCUUCACAAGCAAAAGAAGAUUUUCGAGUUGAUGUUCUUCGUCAAGCAAAACACCCUCACCGACAGCGAAUUUUACGAGAUUGGCCGCAAUUAUGAUAUCGAGAGCAACAUCGAUAUGUACAAAGACAAGUUGAUCGUCCAGGAAUUCUUGUACUUGUACAGACACGGUAUGCUCAGCCGUAAUGCCAUUUACUCGCCUUACUACGAGGAACACCGCGAAGAGAUGAAACUUCUCUUCAAGCUCUUCUAUUAUGCUAAGGAUUUCCAGACCUUCUACAAAACCGCCGCUUGGGCACGUCUUCACCUCAACGACGGCAUCUUCACGUCCGCUUUCACCGUCGCCGUCUUCUACCGUCCCGAUUGCAAGUACCUGAGACUGCCAGCCCCUUACGAGAUUUAUCCCAAUCUGUAUUUCAACAACGACGUCAUCCAGCAGGCUCACGACAUCAAGAUGACGCGUGGUAAGUUGCAAAUCGGCCCUAUCGAAAACAACGUACGAUAUUCAAUUCCGCUCGAGUAGAGAGCGUCGUUCUCUUAUAUUUCUUUUAUAUUCGCAGGACUCGCCACUGCCAACGUAGACAACGUCGACAGCUACAUGAUCUACGCCAAUUACUCCGGAAACUUUGUCAAACCCUAUUUUGACGAGGAAUACAAAUUGGACUACUUCAUGGAGGACUUUGCCUUGAACAGCUUCUACUACUACUUCCGUCAAGUCAUGCCAUUCUGGUUCGAUUUCAAAGACUUUGAUAUCCCGAAGGACUUCCGCGGUUACUACUACUACUUCUAUCACAAGCAGCUGAUGGGCCGAUACUACUUGGAACGCAUCUCCAACGAUCUGGGCGAUGUCGAGGACUUUGAUUGGAACAAGCCUUUCUAUCCCGGCUACUAUUCAACUCUGAUGUAUCACAACGGAAUCGUCAUGCCCCAACGUUCUCGAUACAUGAAUGUGCCAUUCUAUAAAUAUAAAUAUCUAAAGGAGAUCGAGGCUCUGGAAUUGCGUAUUAUGAAUGCGAUCGAUCUUGGCUACGUGUACGAUAAGAACGGCAAGCAGAUCAACAUCUACACCCCUGAAGGCUUGAGCAUUCUCGCAAAUCUGAUUGAAGGCAACGUUGAUUCGUGUAACAAACGCUUCUACGGCAUGUACGAUGCUCUCGCCCGAGACAUCCUCGGUUUCAACUUUGAUUACAAGGACAAGAGCAAAGUGAUUCCCAGCGCUCUCCAAUGCUACAGUACCAGCAUGAGAGAUCCUGGAUUCUAUCGUCUGUACAAGAGGAUUAUGAUGUACUUCUUCAGGUACAAGAAAUAUAUGCCCUACUAUACUCAAAACGAGCUCAUUUUCCCCGGCGUCAAGUUCGAGUCAGUCAACGUCGACAAAUUGACGACCUACUUCGACACAUGUGAUACGUUCAUCAACAACGCCCUUUCCGUGGAGAGCUUCAAGGAAGGACUGAAACUACGGGUGAAAGCUCGCCGUUACUGUCUCAAUUACAAGCCAUUCACCUAUCGCUUCAACAUCAACAGCGACAAGGAGACCAAGGCCGUGCUGAAAAUCUUCCUCGGACCCGCCUUCGGCGAUCAUUACGACGAGAAAGACGUAUCUUAUCUCCGCGAAUACUACAAAUACUUUAUCGAGAUGGAUAAGUUCGUCGUAACGCUGAGACAAGGCACAAAUACCAUCGAGCGCCGUAGCUCCGAUUCCGUCUACACUAUGCCCGACAUGAUGUCCAGCGAUUUGUUCUACAAGAAAUUGGAGAAAGCCAUUGGUGGAAGUGAGCCGUUUACCUACUACGAGAAACUCUUCGCCUUCCCUGAGCGUCUGACUCUACCCAAAGGCAAACCCGAGGGUAUGCGAUUCAAGAUGUUCUUCUAUUUGAGCCCGCUCGAUGAGACCAAGCUCUCAACGGUGGAAUUGCCAAUCUUUGGCAAGUUUACGCUGGAUGGAAAAUCGUUUGGCUUCCCGCUCGAUAGACCGAUGUACCCGUGGAAAUUCUUUACACCAAACAUGUUCUUCAAGGAUGUAUAUAUCUAUCACGCGACAGAGAACGAUAAAUCGAUGCAUCGGGCGAUCCUUCGCGAAGCAAGCACGAGGAUGAAAGCGAUUGCGUUGCUCUUGGCUACGGCGUGCCUGGCUCAUGCCACGCAGAAGUCCACCCACACUGCCGAUAAGGCAUAUUUGAUCAAGCAGAAGAGCAUUUACGAACUUUUUUGGCACGUCGAUCAACCAACCGUCUACCAUCCGGAGCUUUAUCAAAAAGCGCGAUCCUUCAAUCUCGAAGAUAACAUCGCUUCCUUCACGGACCAGAAAGCGGUAACCGAAUUCUUACAACGAUGGAAACAUGGAAACAUGCUUCCACGUGGAGAGAUGUUCCUCGGAAGGCAUCCUCAGCAUUUCAAAGAAGCGAUCUGUUUGUUCCGUGUUCUGCAUUCCGCCCAGGACUUUGACACUUUCUACAAUACUGCCGUAUGGGCACGCUUCCAUAUAAAUGAACAAAUGUACGUAUACGUGUUGAGUGUCGUCGUGAUGCAUCGUCCGGAUACCAGACACAUUCGUCUGCCCCCGCUUUACGAGGUAAUCCCGCAUUAUUUCUUCAACAACGAUGUCUUGCACAAAGCCUAUCAUAUCGCAAUGGGUAACACGCAAUCAGCAGCUAUGAAGAAGACGGUUGGCGGUGUAGACUACUAUUACAUUCCCUCCAACUACACCAAUUGGUACGUGGCCGGCGAUGAGGUAUCGGAGCAACAAACAUUAAACUAUUACCUCGAGGAUAUCGGCUUAAAUGCUUUCUACGUUAUAACGAAUCACGACUUCCCAAUCUGGAUGAACAGCGUUCAAUAUAACAUGCCUCAACAUCUUCGCGGUGAAUUAUAUAUGUUCACCCACAAACAAUUGCUCAAUCGCUACUAUUUAGAAAGACUGUCCCACGACAUGGGUGAGAUCAAAUACGUCGAUGUGAACAAGCCUAUCGUUCCUGGCUACUAUCCGAUGAUGCAUCACUACAAUGGAUUGCCGAUCCCGCACCGCUCGGUUAAUUCCGAGGUUCCUCUUCACCUGCACAAAUAUGUCCAGGCUAUCCAAGAUAUCCACACUCGCAUCUCUGAUGCCAUCGACAGGGGCUACAUCGUUGAUGUGAAUGGCAAGCACAUAAACAUUUAUGACACCGAGGACGGUUUCAACCACUUUGCCAAUGUGAUUCAGGGCAAUGCCGAUUCCGUUAAUCCUACAUACUAUGGACAUUUGGAACAUUUGUACAGAAGGGUCCUUGGCAUGGGGACGGUUCACGCCACCAAGGAACACACCGUAGUUCCUUCCAUUAUCGAACUCUUGACCACUAGCUUGAGGGAUCCCGUCUUCUACGGAAUGUACAAGACUAUCGCUACUCACUGGAUGAGAUAUAAGGAACACUUACCUAGUUACACGCAUGAUGAACUUGUCUUCCCGGGUGUCACGAUUGAAUCUGUCACCGUUGACAAACUGUUGACUUUCUUUGAUCACUUUGAAUCGUUAGUCAACAACGCCCUAUCGGUGCACAGUCACAAAGAGGCUCAAUCCAUGUUAAUCAAGGCACGCCAAUAUCGCCUUAACCAUAAGCCUUUUACCUAUCACAUCGCUGUCAACAGCGACAAAGACGUCAAGGCGGUCGUUCGUGUCUUCCUUGGACCCAAAUAUGACGUUUACGGCAACGAAUUGGACAUAAGCGAGAACUACAUGAACUUUAUAGAGAUGGAUCAGUGGAUCGUUGAUCUGAAAACUGGUAAGAACAAGAUCGAGCGCCACAGUUACGAAUCUAACUACGUCGUUCCGGACGAGGUACCGAGCGAGGUCCUGUACAAGAAGGUGGUGAAAGCUAUCGAGGGUGGUGAGACUUUCACUUAUCCAGGCCAGUUUUACGGUUUUCCCGAUCGCCUGGUACUUCCUAGGGGCAAGAAGGAGGGCAUGCCGUUCCAACUUUUCGUGUGCGUGUCUCAUUUCGAUGAGACAAAAGCCGUCAAGGUAGACUCUCCCGUCUGGGGUUCAAGUCUAAUGGACAUUCGUCCUAUGGGAUAUCCUCUCGACAGACCGGUUCACAGCUUAAACUUUAUCGUGCCCAACUUUUACAUGAAGGACGUUCUGAUUUUCCACAAGCAGGCUGAACAAUUGAAUCUCACUGUGUAAGACUCGUCACAUCCUAUGCCUAUGUCCAACGAUAGAUUUCGCGCUUAGAUACUCUAUCUAUUUAUAUAAUUAUUUAACAUGUGCGAUGGCCGUAACAAGAACUUGGAUCGCGCUAGCCAGAAAAAAGAAUAUAUGCGCGAAUAUAUGCGAAUAGAUAAAAGAACAAAUGCGCGUGCAGCAACACUUUUUUUUCAUAAAAUGUUAUAUAUGUAAACCAUUCGGUGCGGUAUAUCGCAUCCAAAAUAAAUUUGAUGGAACAUCCUUUACCAUUUA